AAUAUGGUGUGCUGCUGGGCUUCAAAUAUGUUCACUGUGACUCUCCCGCAAUCCCAUCACUCAAUCCAUACCAAAGCAUUGCUGCUGAUUGUAAGAAAAAGGCCUCCUUUUAGCCGACGAGUUUCUGCUUCUCAGCCCAUCGAACCCCUUUCAUUUGCACUCGGAGUCUUCAAUUAUUCUAAAUGCUCUACCCUAGUCUGCAACGGCGGGUUCUCUGCGAUUCCCUCUACCGCCCCAACUCCUCUACUGCCCGAACAAGGCGAUGGAUAUGGUGGUGACGAUUUAUACGACAAUAAUAACAACAACAAUAACAAUAAUAACAACAAGGACAAUCGUGGUUGGGGUCCUUUUGAUUUCGGUGGUGCUGGUGGGUGGCAAGAUGGUUUCCCCCUGAAUCCCCUUCUCUUUCUCUACUCUCGAGCCCUUUCUCAGGAGGGCAACGAUAUUUUUGCGAUUUGGCCAUCCAGGGAUGCCUUCCUCUUUCUCUUUUCUGUGUUGGGUUGCAUCUGGAAUUGGCAGUUGGGCUCAUACGCCCUCGCAAGAACCGUUCCUGAGGUUGUCUGGGAGGUAAGGGGUGGGAAGUGGAUAAGGCUCCAGCCUGACCAUUCUAAGGAUGAUUUCAUCGUUGGUGAUGGAACAAAGAUUUUGUCUAUUGGACCCAAUUUGUUGGUGGAGUGCUGGGAUGUGUUCCUGCGUCUUAUGCUUCCAGAGGGUUAUCCCCAGAGUGUUAGCACUGAUUACAUGGAGUACACUCUCUGGAGAGGGGUCCAGGGGAUCGCCAGCCAAAUCAGCGGUGUCCUUUCCACCCAGGCUUUGCUUUAUGCUGUUGGAUUGGGAAAGGGUGCUAUUCCAACCGCAGCUGCAGUCAGUUGGGUGCUAAAGGAUGGAAUUGGCUACCUCAGCAAAAUUAUGUUAUCUAAGUAUGGCCGUCAUUUUGAUGUGAACCCUAAGGGGUGGAGGUUGUUUGCAGAUCUUUUGGAAAAUGCUGCCUAUGGAAUGGAGCUUUUGACACCCAUCUUUCCCCAGCUUUUCAUUUUAAUUGGUGCAGCCGCUGGGGCUGGUCGAUCUGCUGCUGCAUUGAUUCAGGCUGCCACAAGGAGUUGCUUCUACGCAGGCUUUGCUGCUCAAAGAAAUUUUGCUGAGGUUAUUGCAAAGGGAGAAGCUCAAGGAAUGGUUAGCAAAUCCAUUGGUAUAAUGCUUGGUAUAGCAUUAGCAAACUGCAUCGGCACCUCCACAUCUCUAGCUCUUGCUUCUUUCACUAUAGUAACUGGGGUCCAUAUGUUUUGCAAUCUGAAGUCAUACCAAUCAAUUCAAUUAAGGACUCUAAACUCAUAUCGUGCAAGUUUGGUCUUCAGUGAAUAUCUACUCAGUGGCCAAGUUCCUCCUAUUAAAGAGGUCAACGAUGAGGAACCACUUUUUCCUGGUCUGCCACUUCUUAAUGUUAAACCCAUCUGUAAGGCACAAUCACAAGUACUCUCAGUAGAAGCCAAAGAUGCAGCAGCUCAAAUUGAGUGCCGUCUGCAGCUUGGAUUCAAACUUAGUGAAGUUAUCAACAGCAAGGAGGAUGCACUGGCCUUGUUUGAUCUGUACAAAAACGAUGGCUAUAUGUUGGCAGAGCACAAUGGCAGAUUCUGUGUAAUACUUAGAGAGGAUUCAUCACCGCAAGACAUGCUGAAGUCACUGUUCCAUGUCAAUUAUCUAUACUGGCUGGAGAAGAACAUGGGAAUUGAGUCAGGAAGCGUUGCCAAUGACUGUAGGUUUGGAGGAAGGCUUCAAAUAUCUUUGGAUUAUGUGCAGAGGGAAUUCAACCAUGUCAAACAUGAUGGGCAAUUGGCUGGAUGGGUCACCGACGGGCUCAUUGCAAGGCCAUUAGCAAAUAGAAUUCGCCCAUCCUAUGCCCCCUCUGCUGAAAUAAGUUGAUUGAUUUAAGCUGUGUUUCUGAAUCAAUCACUUUCAGUAUUAUUCCAU